AUGGACGCGGAUUGUGCCGAGGCCCAGGCCCGGCACAACAAUGGCUUCUAUGGGCACUACCGAGGCCAGUUCAAGAAUGAGAGCGCCCUCGAGUACCGCCUGGCGGCCAAGCCCCAGCCCCCGACAAUCUUCCUGCAGCGAUGCAAGGAGCCAGUGCGGCAGCACUUCUUCUCCAAGCACGACAACCGCACUUCCUUCGACAAGGGUCCCUACUGCCUACUGCAGGGCAUCGGGAGACGGAAAAACAUGGAGCGCCUGUGUCAGCGGCACACCUUCCUGCACUGGGCCUCCAGCGAGCUGGAGCUCUACCAGCAGCGGCCCCUGGAAUCCUCCUACCAGUCCACCUUCCGGUUAUCCCCGGGACCCAGUGACGCCCCUCAGCGCCUCGUCCACUUUGUGCAGAUCCACCACCCCCGCACCUGUACCACCUACCAGCAGAACUUCUGCCAGCCGUCCCAGAGCGGCCACUGUGGCGGCGACUGCGGGGGUCCCCCGGCCUCCGGCCCCAGUACCCGGACUAACCUCCCAAAGAUCCCCGGGUCCAAACCGCUGCAGCAUUACCUUCAUGAGGGCGUCUCCGAGUGUCUAAACUGGUCCAGAGCAUUAAACAAGGAUGGCUGUUGCCCUGGCCAGUUGGCUCAGUGGAUAGAGCGCCAGCCUGCAGACUGAAGGGUCGUGGGUUCGA